UGAGCGAGAAGCCACCAAAGCAGGAGCUAGAACGGGGUUCUCAAGAAGAUUCUGCCUGCUCAAAAACCUUCUUCUUGUCGUCGUUGCUUUUAGGGAACUAGGUGUCUACUGUAUUUCAAUUUCUUAUUUUAUUUAAAAGGAGACCAGUGAACUGAAAAUGAGACUGAACAUCGCCAUCUUCUUUGGGGCUCUCUUCGGUGCCUUGGGGGUUUUACUCUUCCUGGUGGCUUUUGGAUCCGACUAUUGGCUCCUGGUGACUGAAGUGGGGAGGUGCUCAGGUGACCACAAUAUAGAGAAUGUCACGUUCCACCAUGAAGGGUUCUUCUGGAGAUGUUGGUUUAAUGGAAUUGUGGAAGAGAAUGACUCCAAUAUCUGGAAGUUCUGGUACACCAACCAACCAGCUUCCAAAAACUGCACACACGCUUUCCUGUCGCCAUACCCCUUCAUGAGAGGAGAACACAAUUCCACCUCCUACGACUCUGCAGUUAUUUACCGUGGUUUCUGGGCAGUUCUGAUGCUCUUAGGGGUAGUUGCUGUCGUGACCGCGAGCUUUCUGAUCAUCUGUGCAGCCCCUUUCGCCAGCCACUUUCUCUAUAAAGCUGGGGGAGGCUCAUAUAUUGCUGCAGGCAUCCUGUUUUCCCUGGUGGUGGUGCUGUAUGUCAUCUGGGUCCAGGCCGUGGCUGACAUGGAAAGCUACAAAACCCUGAAAAUGCAAGAUUGCUUGUCGUUCAGCCCUUCGGUUCUGUAUGGCUGGUCAUUUUUUCUGGCGCCGGCUGGGAUCUUUUUCUCAUUACUAGCGGGAUUACUGUUUCUCAUUGUUGGACGGCACAUUCAGAUCCAUCACUAAUCAAACUGUUGCCACCAGUAUUUUCUUGGGAGAUUUUAAAACACAGCAUAUUUUGUGGGUUUGUCUUUUCCACUUUUGUUUUCAAUGAUCCCAAUAUAGCAUUAGUGGAUGUACCUGUUAAGUUGCUAUUUGAAUGAAUUGUUUUACUUGUGAUUUUCUCUGAUAUGAAGGUUCUAACAUCUCUCCAGACAGAGCGAGUUUCUAUAUUGUCCCAGUGCUGUCAGUGACCUGAUCCUUCAAGGAGCAGAUAGAAGGGUCUCCCUCUCAUGGCACGUGGGGAAUUUCAUACAGGUUACAAAGACCUCAUAACGGCAUGAUACCAUCACCUGCAGCAAAACAAGAUUUGGCUUAAAAUCUUCUUGGCAAUCUCUUAUGCUUCUAAUUGAAGAAACAAAUCUUUGAAGAAUGUAAGAAUUGAAAACAAACAUCAUUAGAGAAUUCAUUCCCUUUCUUCUCCCCACACAAUACAUAGCCACAUACACUUUCUCAGACUCCUGUGAGCAAAGGAAUCAUUAUUUAAAAAUAGACAGCACUUGGUCUGUUAUCAGGGGUGCUCUCCAUCAGUCAAAUUGAGCCACAGCGACUUUGUCAGCUUUCUUAUGAACAGUGGUUUGGUUAACUAAUUUAGUUCACUUCAUUGUGGAUGGUUACAUAAACCCUAAACUAUAUUUAAGUGUAAAACCUCUACACUAAAUUAUUCAUAAUGCACACUGGAUUUUUAUGAACUUAAUGUAGGUUAAUUGUAUAAUGUAAUAUGGUUUAAAAUAUGUAAAAACCAAGUACCUCAACUUUGUACAUAAUUCUAUUUGAUAUUUUAAAAUUCCCAUUUAAAAAUUAUAUUGCUAAGAUGUUCAGUGUGUGAAAAUUUAUUGACGAAACGUGCUUUUAAUAUUCUCUAGCUAUAAACUUUCAAAAUACUUCCAUAUGAGGGUUAUAAUAGCCUUGCUUCAUGAAAGACCAUGAAAUAUUAACUUUCCCCAAGAUUUUAUAGGUUUCAGUUCCUCUGAACAUUUGAUUCCCUUAAUUUUUGUCCCUCAAUUUCUUCAUCUUUACCAUAGGUGCAUUAACAUUUACAGAUCUGCAAUUUCCUUUAACCUCCUGGAAGAAAAGAUUUUGUGGGGAAAAGACAUUCUUGAUUAUUCACUAGCAUAGAUGUUUUGCAUAUCAAAGAUGUGCAUUUGGCAGUAAUGUUGAUUGGAAUCAAAUCCAUCUGAGGGGCCUAGGUUAUAUUUGCAUUCUGGAAGCUUCCAUCACAGAGGAGUUUGGUGCUAGAGAAGGAGCAGAGAAAGGGCCUGGCACCUGAGCUUUGUUGCAGAUGACCUGUUUCAGCCUACAGCUGUUGUGAGAAUGGCAUGCGCAGGGAAUGACUGCCUGGAAGAGUCUUGGGGACAGAUGGACCAUGGCUUCCCAUUCGGCUGUUCCUGCAGUGCAGAAGUUGCUGAGUCUUCUCUGCAUGUCUUGCACUUCCCAUUAAGCCUCGGAAAAGCAAAGGUCUGCGGUACCUCCAGAACCAGGAGGGUGCUUGAGUAACAGGACUUGCUUGUAAACAAUAACCUAAGGACAAGCUCCAGGGUUUUUCUCACGUUGUGUCAACAAUACAAAGAUUUUUGUGGUACUUUCCUCUGCCUUUUUCUGUUUCAUUUUUAUGUUGCUUCAUUUAGCUCUCUGCUUUUGGCUUGAUCAUCAGAAAAAUAAUUAUGGGUUCUGUUAGGCAUAUUGACUGCGAUAUUAAGUUAUAGCACACCAUUAAGUUUUCCAGAUGAGGCUAGAUGUAUUUGAUUAGCUCAUGUCAUCUGUAAAUACAAUUCUUCUUUGUAGAACUUUGGCAUGGAACCUUUUUCUGGUAUACUGGAUGCCACUGAAAUUUCAAAUACAAACUGCCUUUAGUCAGGGUCUGAAUGUGUAUUCAUUUCAGACGGUUACCCUCAAUUUCAAGCACGUGUAUGCGACUACCAUAUAUUUAACAUAAAGCAAUUAGCUGAAGAGCUGAUGUAAAUGACAUUUUUACACAGACACACUCUGAAAGUAUUUUGUCAUUGUAGUGCAUCAAUCAUAUUAAUUUCUGAGGGGAAGGAAGGAAGGUGAGUUGUGUUUGUAAUGUCAGUGUGUAAAAUGUACUUAAAAAUAACAGGCAUACACAGCAGAUUGUUGUAACAGCAUUGUAGCUGAUUUGGGACACUCUGUUUUCAAAUGUCUGUGCUGUGUGAAUUUCUCCAUUGGGUGUAUUGAUUAAUUUUCAGAGGGCUCCCAACAAAGUGUUAAAACCUUUUUAAAAGGCGUUGAUUUUUGCAACAUAAAAUUUCGACUUAACAAACAAGAAGUCUCUCCAGUGACACUUCUAGAAAAGAUAA